AUGAGGAGAUUUGUUUACUGCAAGGUGGUCCUAGCCACUUCUCUCAUGUGGGUGCUCGUGGAUGUCUUCUUACUUCUGUACUUCAGUGAAUGUAAUAAAUGUGAUGACAAGAAAGAGAGGUCUCUACUGCCUGCUCUGAGGGCCGUUAUCUCCCGAAACCAAGAAGGGCCCGGCGAGAUGGGGAAGGCUGUGCUCAUUCCGAAGGACGACCAGGAGAAGAUGAAAGAGCUGUUCAAAAUCAACCAGUUCAACCUCAUGGCCAGCGACCUGAUUGCCCUGAACCGAAGUUUGCCGGACGUGAGAUUGGAUGGGUGCAAGACCAAAGUCUACCCCGACGAACUCCCCAACACAAGCGUAGUCAUCGUGUUCCACAACGAAGCCUGGAGCACUCUGCUUCGGACCGUGUACAGCGUUAUAAACCGCUCGCCGCACCGCCUGCUUUCUGAAAUCAUCCUGGUGGACGAUGCCAGCGAGAGAGAGUUUUUGAAGGCCUCGUUGGAGAAUUACGUGAAAAAUCUGGAGGUCUCCAUAAAAAUCAUCCGGAUGGAGCAGAGGUCGGGGCUGAUCCGCGCGCGGCUCCGCGGGGCAGCGGCCUCCAAAGGGCAGGUGAUCACGUUCCUGGACGCGCACUGCGAGUGCACCCUGGGCUGGCUCGAGCCGCUGCUGGCCAGGAUAAAGGAGGACAGGAAAACUGUUGUCUGCCCGAUCAUCGAUGUGAUCAGCGACGACACGUUUGAAUACAUGGCUGGCUCAGACAUGACUUACGGAGGGUUUAACUGGAAGCUGAACUUCCGCUGGUAUCCUGUCCCCCAGCGAGAGAUGGACAGGAGGAAAGGAGACAGGACCUUGCCUGUCAGGACCCCUACUAUGGCUGGUGGCCUAUUUUCUAUUGACAGAAACUACUUUGAAGAGAUAGGAACUUACGAUGCAGGAAUGGAUAUCUGGGGUGGCGAGAAUCUUGAAAUGUCUUUUAGGAUUUGGCAGUGCGGCGGCUCCCUGGAGAUUGUCACCUGCUCGCACGUCGGCCACGUUUUCCGGAAGGCAACACCUUACACCUUCCCCGGGGGAACGGGGCACGUCAUCAACAAGAACAACAGGAGGCUGGCAGAGGUCUGGAUGGAUGAGUUCAAGGACUUCUUCUAUAUAAUAUCCCCAGGUGUCGUCAAGGUGGAUUACGGCGAUGUAUCCGUCAGAAAAGCGCUGAGGGAAAACCUGAAGUGUAAACCCUUCUCGUGGUACCUGGAGAACAUCUAUCCCGACUCCCAGAUUCCACGGCGCUACUACUCGCUGGGGGAGAUCAGGAACGUUGAAACCAACCAGUGUUUGGACAACAUGGGCCGCAAGGAAAAUGAAAAAGUGGGCAUUUUCAACUGCCACGGCAUGGGAGGAAAUCAGGUGUUUUCGUACACGGCUGACAAAGAGAUCCGCACGGACGACUUCUGUGCCAAGCUCACCCUGAGGCACGUCAACAGCAACCAGUGUCUGGAUGAGCCGUCGGAGGAGGACAAGAUGGUUCCCAGCAUGAGGGAGUGCGGCGACGGCCGCUCCCAGCAGUGGCUGCUGCGCAACAUGACCCUGGGUGCCUGA